GUCUAUUGACUCUAAGCACUUGAAUUGUUAUGAAUGGUACACAAGAACAGAAAAAGUCGACGAGAGCCUUUAAAUUAUCUGUCUACUUGUUAGCUUUGCGGCCAUGGUCCUUCUCAGCGUCAUUUAUUCCGGUGGUUUUAGGGGCCGUUUUGUGUUGGAGGGCGACUGGUCUUUUCAGUGUCUCGUUGCUCGUAUUGACAAUGAUAGCUGUUCUUGGAGUCCACGCGGCCGGCAAUCUGGUAAACACGUAUUACGACUACAUGAAAGGAAUUGAUAGCAAAGUAUCAGACGAUCGUACUCUAGUUGAUCACCUUUUAACGCCUAAAGAGGUUGUCAAUCUGGGCGUUCUUUCCUAUGGCCUCGCCACCCUUGCCCUUGUGUCCUUGGUUGGAUUAUCAUCAGCGAAAAUGGAACAUUUGUCGUUCUUGUUCUUCGGAGGACUAUCUGGCUCGUUUUUAUACACUGGUGGUGUUGGGCUAAAAUAUUACGGUGUCGGUGAUAUUGUUAUUGUUAUCACGUUUGGUCCUUUAGCCGUCCUUUUUUCUUACCUGACUCAAUGUGGUAAUGUGGCGUUGUUUCCGCUGGUCUUUGCCAUUCCUGUGGCUUUGAGCACGGAAGCUAUUCUUCACAGCAACAACACGCGAGAUAUGGAGACUGACAAAAAAGCCGGUGCAGUAACGUUGGCUAUCAUUCUUGGCCAGCAGCUCUCAUAUGUACUCUAUUGCCUCCUCCUGCUUGCUCCAUACAUGAUAUGUACUGUGCUCUCAGUCAACUUAUCUGUACGUUUCCUUUUACCCCUUAUCACGUUGAGAAUGGCUUUCAAAUUGGAAAGAAGCUUUCGGGAAGGAAAACUUAUUCUGCUUCCUCAACAAACUGCUAAAUUGAACUUAAUGUUUGGGUUACUGUACACUUUAAGUUGUUCAGUUGCCCCUCUAAGUCUACCCAGAUAAAGGUUAGCACAUUGGUAAAUGGAUUGGUUAGUGACUGUGUAGUCUAUGUGGCAUUAUAAUUUUUGGGGGAGUUCUAUUUUUUCAGAUUGAAGUUUUUUUGUUGUUUUGUUUGAAUGAAUGCUUGUGACUCCCCAGUAAUGAAUUGUUUUUAAUUCUCUGUUCAAUUAGAGGACCAUAAUAGUGUGCUUUUUUUUUUUAGGUGGUAGUUGGUAAAAUUUCCCCUCUGUGGUACCUCUUAUCACCCCUCCCUUAAAUAAUUUAAUUGGAAUUCAACAGGCAAAAGAAUUGUUCUUCCAGGUGAAAAAUUUCUUUUAACUGAUGUGCUUGAAGUAAGGAGGCCACUUUUACUACUUGUAGGGCUAGAAAAAUGGACAUGUCAAGUGUUUGAUUAGAGUGAGUGAGAGAAUUUUGCUGAGUUUUAUAUUAGGGCAUUCCUUUUUCUUUGGAAUUUAUUAUUUUUUCGUUGAUCAAGACCAACCCAUUAGUCUUUAUAAAUCUGAUGUUACUGCAGUCCAUGGUCCUCAGUCAUGUUAAUUUUGGGGGCACCCAUUGUAGUCUGUAGACCUGUAGUCAAUGUUUGUGUAAGCAUGCAAGGGUUAUGGAAGUAGCAUUGAAAGUUUGUAUUGAUUAGGUCAGGUAUUCUGCAAUCCAGCAAAUGGAUUUAUUGGGUAUGUUCCUGGCAACUCCACUGGUAGCAUUUCUUCAAUAGUCAUGUAAUUGCCUCAAUCAAUCAGUGGACAGAGUAGUCUUAAAAAAGUUUUUAACUUUGGUUGUAAGUUGUAAAUUAGGCCAACCUCAUAAAGUGUUUUUUUAACACUGCCUGAACAAACCAGUUUUAGAAAAGAAGAACAAAAAUAAACCAACACCCAACAAUAAAAAAUGUAAAAAAAAAAGCAUAAAGGAAUGGAAAAUUUUGCUUUGAAUUCAUGGUCUUGAACAACUCACACCUCUUAUCAUUUUUUUGAUACCAUGGUCCAACCAAGCCUAAGAAAGAAUCUGUUGAUAUCUGGGUUUUCAUAGUAUUUAAGAAAAAGUCAUUUCAAACAAAUUAAAUGUUAUAUUGCAUCAAAAGUUGACUUUGUAUUUUUAUUGUAUUAAACCUCACCCUAGAUAAUAAAUCAUUAUUGGAUGGG